AUGGCGACUGCUGUAGGUCCAGCUCAAAGAAGUUCAGACUUGGUAAAGGACUAUUGCUUGCAUAUUUCAGAGACAGUACAAAGUCACUUGACUGACCUACAACAGCUGGAAGAUGAGAUCGAAACUACUCUGAGAGAACUGAAGAAUGUUCGUAGUAAGCGAGAAUCCAGCAUUCAGACUAUAGAGGGCUCGUACAAUCAACGACAACAGGAAAUCAGGGAUGUAAGACAGAAAUUAAAUGCAGCUUUAGACGAUCUAGAAAAGAUUACAAUUAAAGAGUUGGCUGAAAUGAGGACUGCAUUGCAAGUAUCCCUCAAGACUGAUGUAGACGUCUGCAAUAGAUUGCACGGUGAACUGAAACAACUCAGUGAGGUUGUACAGGACCUUAGUGAUAGCAGCAAAAAAGAACUCUCCUUUGUAGCUGGCAGAAAAUGUAUGGACAAAAUUAAUGAGUCCAAAGCAUAUUUAAAGCAGAAAUCGCAUAAUGUUGAAUUAUCAAUCGUUUAUCUGGCCAACACUGACAUCGAGCAAUACGUUUGCAAACAGUCGGGUCUGGGGAGAAUAGUACAGACACCCAACGCAUUGGCAGUGCAGCGGAAUCCUAAUCACGUAUUUACUGUAAAAACAAAGAACGAGUAUAAUGUAAAAAUACCGAGUGACUCGUGUCAGCAGAGCUAUAUCCGAGCAAUUUGUGUUAUUUCUUAUAAUAAGAUCAUUAUUGCAGACCUCAACGCUAAAAGAGUGAAGCUGUUGGAUGAGCAGUACAACAUGAUCAGUCACUGUGAUUUGCCUAUUUAUGAAGGGGGCAUGUGUCUAAUCAGUGAAACUGAAGUGGCGGUUACUGUAAUUGUGACUGGGAACAAACAUGCUAUCCAGUUUAUUACAGAGAGCAAUGAUCAGCUGGUGGCUGGCAGAAGGUUCGAAGUACAACAUGAAUGUAAAAGCAUAGCUAACUACCAAACAGAUCUUUUUAUAACCUCUUAUACUGCAGUGUAUAAAUACACAUUGGGUGGACAACUUGUUAAAAAACUCUUCGAGAAUAAAUCAGUUUACAUGUGUGCAGUGAGCCCCACUGGUGACAUGAUUUAUGUUACCACCAACGCUGAUACACUACUCACACUGAAUUCAGAUGGUACCCUGAUAUCGACUUUUACUGAUACUGAACUUCGUAGACUAUGGGGCGUGCACGUAACACCAGCAGGGCAGGUUCUUGUUAGUGGAUACGACUCUCAUACUGUCAUUCAGGUGGAUUUUGAGGGCAAGAAAAAGCUGACAACUCUAGCUACACAGAAGGACGGAAUCAACUUACCUGUAUCGGUCUGUUACAACACCAAAAGUGACUCUGUCAUUGUGGGACUAUAUAGUAGCAACAACAUUAUUGAGUUAAAAUAGCAUUUUGUCGUUUAAAUUACAACCAGCAAGAGCGUUAAUUGGUUGCUAUCAUUGAUCAAACGUCGCCUAUAUAUAAUGAGACAUGAACAACAUCAUUCGUAUAUAACGAAUGCUGUUUUAUAUGAAUUAUGUAAUAUGUUUCCAUUCUAGAUAAAAUAAAUUCAAUUAUUUCUUUAAUGACCAUAAACAGGCGUUUGAGGCUGAUCCCCAAUAUUUUGGUAUACACGAACCAGACCUGAGCUUUUGUAUACCGAUUGGCUGAAAAAAUAGCAAUUAGUCUCCGUAUUGUCAAGCUGUAUUUCAAUGUCAAAUGAUCAAUAUACUGCGCUGAAGGGCUUUUCCGAUCUUUUACUUCUACAUUCAUUGAAGGAUUUAUGAAAUAACUUGAUAACAAUGUUUGCAUUUAACAGACAUUGUAUUACACACACAACAUAGAGCCACCUUUGAGGUAAAGGUCUUAUUUCGAGAGCAAAGGUAACACAAAUGGAUUAUGCUAUAAACUUUGUGUAGCUAUAUUAUCCAUAUAUAUUAAAGGGCGUUAAACUAUCUUUGCACAACUAUUCACCAAAGUGUUGCACACACACACACAAGAAAGAUUGUAUUCCAACCCAUAAAUAUAAGUUUAAGAUGCGCCCCUUUUAUGACACUUAAAUAAUUUUGGACCAUAGAUAAAACUAGAGCAACUUAUUACUCACAUUAUGUGUAUGUUCUGCACUUAUCAUGCAUUAAAGGAUUUCAACAAAUGUCCUACCCUUAUAUUUUUAUGGAAGUGGGUUUCACACAACAACAAUAUAACUACGAUCAUGACCAAUUCAAUCAUUUUAGAUCAAAUUUAUCAAAAGUACUUACGUGUGCAAAUCAAUAUAUCAUCGGAUUUCAAAAUUGUCCAUUCAGUGAGAAAUAUUUACUCUUUGCUACCAAUCAACGGGGAUUCCCCAGAGGUGUUAAUAUUGUUGUUAUUUUAGCAUGUUUCCUGAAAAGGAAAUCAAAAUAUCCAUUUAAGAAAUGUAUUGUUCAUUUCUUUAUUGUUCUUUUCUUAUAACACGACAAAUAUUAUACUGGAAUAUGAUAUUAAUUGAAAGACAUAUCCCAUAGGUCAGCUUAUCACGUAGCAAGAACAAUAUAGCAAAACACGUGUAUUUUUUAUUAAAUCUGAUAAUAAUGAAGGGAUAAUUUAAGUAAUAUUGAUCUCUUUUUUGUAAGAAAAAAAAAACAACAAAGUGUUUUACGAAUUGGUCAUAUAUGUUUGAUGUAACACAAGGCAAAGAUUGUAUUUUGUUUCUCAUGGAUACAACAUACUAAAAAAAGAAGAUACAGUUUAAAAUUCAUGUGGGUAUUGAAAAGUAAGAAUUCGCUUAUAAUUUUCAAUAAUUUAUUUCGCCCUGAAAAUAAAAACAUUGAUUGAUAUAAUAUGUUUAUAUUUUAAGGUAAACAUCGAUCUUCACAUUAAUUUGUAGUGAUACAUUGUAAUGUGUUCUUUAUACUUAUAUACACACAUACACACACAAUAUAUAUGUUGUCAGAACUACAUUUAACUAACUAACUAUCUUAAAAAAGAUUUUACAGCUUCAAUGAAACGUUAUGCAGUUUCAUAAAAUUACAUAAAUCAUUCGCUUGAUAUAGAAGAAAAUAACAUUUCUGCAAAAAUCUUCACAGAAUAGCCAUUAUUAAUUUUCAAAUUAUGAAAUGAUGAAAUUAGGUGUGAUUUCAUAAACUAAAAGAGAAAAUAUUAUUGUUUUUUUUACUGUACACUACACUUUUUGACCGCAUCUAAGUGAUCACGCAUGUUCAAACUGGAAAUGGGGUGAUGUGUUCAAUGUUAUUCCUUUUGGCAUUUACGUGCCAUUUCAUUGAGAUAAAAUGAAUGAUAGCAUUUAUUUGUAGUCUUGCUUUUAGCAAAAAGAUUUCCUUGUGCAUAUUUUGUUGCAUGCAUUGUGUUGCACAUAGUUCUUUAUAAAUCAGUGCAAGAUUCUGUUACAACGUUCUUGACAAAACAUUUUUCCUCUCAGUAAUUUUGCCAUUUAUAGGGGUAAAAUUAAUGUCCCGAAUGACACAUAUAUGGAAUUAAUAUCUUGCAGACAACGCCUUUAUUCACUUACUCAAAGGUUAUGGUCAUAAUUCAAACAUUAAACAUGACCAUUAUACAGCUCGGCCAGACUGUAAUUUCAUCAAUUAUCAAGCAAUUAAGAAAACACCAAUUGCUUAAAUUACUUACAAUGCAACUCAUUCGUCAAUAGCUCAAAUACAAUAUAAAUGUACACGUCAAAUUUCAAACUUAUACUUUGAUAGAAUACGUGACAGUAAAAAUACAAUAUAAACACAAAUAUAUGUUAAGCGGGUGUCACACCACUAUACGCCUCUUUAAAAUUUAAGUUCACCCUUCAAGGUCAGAGGUCAAUUAUGAGUAAGAAUAGGUCGCAAUUGACUUGAAUUUUAUGACACUAUGGUAGAUCAAUUAUGUAGGAUAUUAAGUGUAAAAUAUGCUUUUUGUCUGUGUUACGUCAUGUGAAUUGACGGAUAUUUCUGAGGUAAAAUCAUUAUUAACUCACUUAUGCCUAGCGUCUAGAAAAAAAGGCAUUUGCAAACAGCGUAGACCCAGAUGAGUCGCCGCAUAAUGCGGCUUCUCAUCAGGGUCUGCGCUGGUUUCUUAAAGGAAUUUCAGUAAGAAAUAUUCUAAAUAUAGAAAUAAAUAUACAAGACAUCCCUAAUUUUGGAAACAAAUUGAUCCAAUUUACAAGAAUGGGAGAGUCUACUAGGCAUAAAUGGGUUAACAUCUUUAUCUAUCCUCAUUAAUGCGAGUAUGAAUUAUAUCAUUUUCGAAUUAAUAAAAUGCAAUUUUGCAUUUCUAAACAGUUUAAACUAUAUACAUUUAUAUAACAUUAAUACAAGGAGACUUUUUGCUAUAUUCAAUGCAAUUGCUCCCACUUUAGUAUAUGUUUUAUAUAAAAACUUAGUGAAAUUAAAAAUGCACCAUUAAGCCAUAGUGAACAUAUUUGUUUCACAUGAUCACAUAUUAAAGUAAUAUAAAAUUAUCGUUUUCGAUUGUAUACUUGUACAUUUAAUUAUACAAUUGGGCAACAUUUUCUUAAGCAUUAUCUUGUAUUUUAAUUACAAAAAUAUCUCUUAAGGCUGACUUCGUAUUUGGAAAAUAGUUACUUAGUUUUGUAUCUUCUGCGUAUCAAUUUUUCACAUAUUGUAGAUCAAACGUGCAUUUAUAAUGUAUACUGUAAAAUAAUGCAAUGUUGAAUAUAAUUAAUGAUAUGAAAAUGUUGAACAUAUACAUUCGUAUAAUUACAAUUGUAAUAUAAAAACUAGAUAUUAAAAAUUAAGAAUCAACUACCAAAAUGGAGUCCGAUCAUUCAUUUAACCUUGACAUUUGACGCUGUAUAAUCACUUAAUCAUGUGCUGCUUAUAAUAAUUGAGAUUUUUGUAACUAUAUAAAGCUUGGUUAUUAAAUCCUUCAAUAAAGAGGCAUUACGCUGAUAUGUGUAUUUGUUUACAUUAAAUUGUGGCUCACUUA